UACAUUGCCUUUUUUCCCCUAUCCACCUUCUAUCAGAAGUCCAAGAAAACCCAAACAGAGAGUUUGAGAAAGAGGUAGGGCGUGUGUUGUCUUACAGAAAAUGGCAGCAAUUUGUUUCACAAAGCUUCCAAAUCCAUCAUCGACAACAGCCCAACAAGCGCUCAAUCGUCAACGGCACCACCACAUAACACAACCCAAUUCUCUAAUAGUACCUCCUCACUCUCUUAAUUCCUUCACUUCAUUACCAUUUUCACGCAAAAUCUUAACCACCCGCUUGUCCACCCACCUCCCCAUCUCCGCCACUGUCCUCUCCAGCCUCCCUACUGCGAAGCCAGAGAGAUUUGGUUCUUCCGGUGAGAAAGUUCCCAAGUGGUCAUGGAAGGCUAUAAAGGCAUUUACUAUGGCUGAAUUGGAAGCUAGGAAGCUCAAGUUUGCAACUACUGGCACUGAGGCUCUUCUUUUGGGUAUCUUGAUUGAAGGGACUAGUGUAGCUGCGAAAUACCUGUGGGCAAAUGGAAUCACUGUUUUCAAAGUACGUGAAGAAACUAUCAAGGUGCUUGGCAAGGCUGACAUGUACUAUUUCCCUCCUGAGAGGCCUCCCUUGACUGAUGAUGCUCAAAAGGUCCUCGAUUGGGCUCUUGAUCAUAAACUAAAAUCUGGUGAUAGUGGUGGGGAAGUUACAACAAGUGAUCUGCUUCUAGGCAUUUGGUCAGAGGUGGAAUGCCCCGGCCACAAGAUACUGGCUGUCCUUGGCUUUAAUGAUGAGAAAGCUAAAGAACUGGAGGCUUCAAGUUCUGGACCUGGGUUUAUAGAUGGAUGAUACCUUCAAUGUUCAUGAUGUCCAUCGAUGCAAUUUUUGUAACUGGACAUGGCAGUUUGAGCCUUUUGACUGAAAUUGAAAACCCCAUAAUUUAUGGAUAUGCACAAAAGAGUCGUUUCAGUAACUAACAAAAGUUGGCAUCUUAUCCUUAGUGAGCUUUGCAAGUUGUAUUUUGCACAGAUAUGUUCAUUGAAUGUUGGAAACAAGGAGUUCUUUUGUAUUGAA